AUGGUGUCCUGUGUAGCACCGGAAGGAUGCCGUGAGUUUCUCAGGGGCUGCAAACUUCCCAGAGGCCUCUGGAACUCGGGCCAGUGUGGCUACUGCCGCUGCCGCUGCCGCUGCCGCUGCCGCUGCCGCUGCCGCUGCCGCUGCCGCUGCCUCCGGAGGCCACAGGGCCGUGUCGGUUGUUUACGGUUAGCGACUAGCAGGAUGCCAGGACGGACGCUGAAAGACAAAGCGAAGCAACAAUCUCCGGAAGAAAGUGUCGCUGGCCGGUACUCACACCUGUGUCGCGUUUGUGCUUUUAGCUCCCCGUGCAUCUGCUUGGCGGGACUGGCAAGUGGAGGAGAUACUGAUAUUGGCGUUAAAGCUGAAGAUCAGAGAAGCAAAGACCCAGCAACUAGAGAGUUGUCAUCCCAACCAAUGCUCAGACCGAAGGGGCGAUCCUGUCCUCAGACUUCAUCUCCAGACUGCAUCUGUCUCCAUCAGACCUCAGACUGCACUGAGCUCCUGUCUUCUCCCGCUUUGUAUUACUCCCUAGUGCUGGGAUUAAAGACUCAGGUUACCAAACAGGUCUUUCUCCUGGUGCCAAGCAGGAUUCUUGCUGUGGAUUGUUUCACUGACAAGUCUGGCAUUUCUUGGGAUUCCUUACUAAAGGACAUCUCUGUGGAUGAAAAAUCCGACUGCAGCGUGGGCCUGCAGUGGCAACAAGAAAGAAGCAGCCUCAAGAAGCUGCUGCCGGCAGUGUGCCAAGGUGGCCCGCUGCUUGAUAGCUGA